AUGAGGUUCCUCUCCCUUUUUCUUCUUCCUUUGCUGUUGCUGGCCCUGGCCAGCCAGGCUGAACAAGGUAAAAAGAAAAAGGAAAAAAAGGCUCAGGUUUUUUAAAAGUCUUUCGUAUAUGGUAGACUUGUAAAAGGGUAAAAGAGUAUUGGGAAAUGAUCCAUAAUGAAUUGAAUUUAUUUUUUCUAAAGUACUUUCCCAAUAAAACCAGAGUCCUUUCAGUUGGGGAUAAUUCAGACUGAAAUUCCCAGGUGUCAAAAAAGGUUAUUUAUGUAUGCCACUACUGCGGGCUGUGUUUUGUUAGCCCCAAAUGGAAAACAAGUGAGGUCCCAACCAAAGAAGAAUGGCAACUUAAAUUGAUGGGACAUGCACAGCUUGCAGCUCCAACUUAUAAAAUAAGAGAACAAGAAGAACAUUCGUUUAAAGAAGAUUGGAAAAUGUUUACUGAAUAUACAGUAUGGGGGGAUUGUGUACAUUUGAAAACGUUGGCAGCAUUAAGAUAAAUUCAACAGUGUAAAUAAGUUAUGAUGGAUGUACUGAAUGGUAUAGUUUAUGUAAAAUAUGCAGGGAUUUAUGAAGUUGCUCAGAUCGAUUAAGUGCAAAAGGGAUGUUGAGCAAGUGAGUGAUUGAUAACUCUCUCUCUCUCUCUCUCUCUCUCUCUCUCUCUCUCUUACUCACUGGAAUCUAUGAGCUUAUGUCAUACCCUCCAAAAUUUAUCUGAUGAAAAAAGGGAUUCCCUAUUCGCUAAUACUAAUAAGAAUAAGAAUCAUAGAAUUGUAGAAUUAGAAGGGACCCAAGAGUCAGCUAAUCCAAAUCCCUCCCCAUACGCAGCUCAUUGGAUGGGGUUUCCUUAGCCACUCCGGGCGGCUUCCUACAUAUAUAAAAACACAACAAAACAUUUUUAAAACUUCCCUAUAGAGGGCUGCCUUCAGAUGUCUUCUCAAGAUUGUAUAGUUACUUAUCUUGCUUGCUUGGGUGUCACAUAGCUCCAUAACCUCCAACAUUUCUCUGAUGAAAAUAGGUAUGUCUCGAGGAAAAGCAGGACAUUCUGGGAUCAAACCUGAAACCAGAAACCAGGACAACUUCUGUUUGUUAAUCUUCAAUGAGUAUAUCUUGAUUAGAUAUACAAUCCAUAUAUAUGCAAUGUUCAGGGAAAUAUAAAUUGAGUGGUUAAUUUGGACAAUAACCAGACAUUGUGCACAGUCACCAUGUCUCGUGGACAAUGUACAUGUACUCCUUCUGCGAAGAGGGAAUUGUGCACAAUUCCUGGUCAAUAUAUACAACCCCCCUGCAGGCCUCAUAAUGACUGAAUUUUGUAUAUUCUUUGGCCAUUAUGCAUAAUCCUCAACAGGCCUUAUGUUGCCAGCCUUGCCCAUCUGACAUUCCUGCCACUGUGCCCAAACCCCACUGAGCUCCACAUGCCUUACCCCACACACAACUUGAAAAGGAGCAGCAAUGCUUGGGCGUUGGGAAACCAGGUGUGCAAGCUCAUCCCACCAGGAUCACCCCAGGAUCAACUGCUGCUGAGCAAUAUUUCAUUGGUGGGGUGGGGGUGGGCGCAGAGAUGGCAGUGGGUGGGAUCAGAGGGCUGGGCGAUGCAUGGAUACAUCAUCUGAAGUCGGUUUGAAGUCCAGACUGUGAUAACGGUUUCAUAAUUUUUGACCAGGCAAUAUAUUGCGAAUCCCCACUCACCAGGUGCUCAGGCAGUUUCUGAAGCCCUUGCCACUGACGGCGCUGGGGGCGCAGGACGAGAAAUGCACCCACUUUACUCCAAAGUAAAUGGCUGCUUCCUGCCUGCCCGAUUUGCAAGCCAUGAGCCCGUGCUGCCUAUCAGCUGGCCUUGCAGAGCGGCCAAAGACAAAUGCACUUCAUGUUAGGCAGUGAAACUGGAGAUUUAGCAGGAAGGAAACCAUGAGCCAGGUCAUACAGAAAGGCAGGUGCCCUGCAUUUCUGAAGGGGGAGAUGACCUCCCGAUUCAUAGGCACCAACUCCAGGGGGCCCUGGGGGCCUGGGCACCCACAUUUUUUCCUGUGGGUGUCUGGCCCCCACCCCUGCUGCUGCCGCCUGGCGCUCUGGCUCUGGUCUUAGCUAGCAAAAGCAGGAGCCAAGCCACAUGGAUCUUGUUGCAAAAAGAAACAUCUCACUUUGCUGCUCAGGAAUCUCCUUCCCUCCCCAGCCAAGCUUAGCUGAUUAGCCCUAGGCUUAAUCAUGUGAGCAUGGCGUUUUUUUCUUUUAACCUUCCACACGGAGGCCCCACUAACCAUUUGGUUCUCUAUUUCUUCCAGAGGGCAAGGCUUGUGAGAGGAUGAGAGGCUUUUGCAUCCAUAAGAGUUCACACUGCCCCAGCAAUGAAGUACUUCCAUUUGAAUGUGGCACGAAGAGAAAGUGCUGCAAAAAGUUAGACUCAGAUGCGUAACCGUGGAUAAGAGAAACCGAACUUCACACGGGGGAAAACAAAGAGUGCUCGAUAUAUGCUAAGGCAGAAAUUGUUAAAAGCAUUGCAUUCCGCUCAUUAAAUGCCUGUCAGAAAUAAGCAGCUGAAGUGUUCAUUGCAAGAUAGGAUUCGGUCCCAAGGAUACUGUUGGAUGUUCCUGGUGCUCCCUGCUCAGUUCUGAAGUUUCUCAAGCUCCUGGUGGCUUUUGCUAUGCUUAGAAAGUUCGCAGCUGCAUUUCCGAUCAGCUGACAUUUCAGUCUUCAAACAGUCUUCAAAGGCAGCCAUGUGUAACACACAGCAGUAGUCUGACCAGGAGUGUGAUGGCCUGGGAUUCAGACUCAGAGGCUGAACCUGAGGUAUCCCAGCCUGCACAGGAGUCCCCGCCUCCAGAACCAGCUGAGCCAGGGCUGGGGCUUGAGCCUGAAGGGUCCUCACCUGUGCUGGAUCCUCAGCUGCAGGCACCAGCUGAGUCUGCUCUGGCUCCUGAGGUGAUGGAGAGCCCAUUGCCUGCAGGUGCUCCACUCUCAGCCCCGUCAGAGGAAGCUGAGGUUGCCUCUGGGUCCGGUAACCCUCCAGCCUCUCCUGAGCUGCAGAGGCUCAGGGCAGAGAGGCUGAGGGAACUAAGUUCUCGCAGGAGGACUGCUCGCCUCCAGGCCAGGAGAGGCGAGUCACCUGUAGACUGGGGCCGCCCUAUGCCUCGGGGCAGGUAAAAGCCAGCCCCAGUCCCAGGUUGCGGGAGCAACAUUGUUGGUAAACUGUUCCUGCCUGCACCCUGUCCUGCUCUUCUGCCAGAGUUCCUGACCUCACCCAACUCCCUGCCUUGAACCCAGCUUCAGCUUUGCCGGACAAUCUCCAUACCGCACCCUUGACCUCGGACUGAACUCAGACCUCACCGCACAGAUAACCCUUGGGACCAGCACAAGGAGAUACCUAGAGUGUGCGUAAUCAUAGCCAGGCUAGCUCCUCAAAAAAGAACCAGAGCUAGUACAGUACACCACCCUCAGCUUGUGCCUACAGUGACUGAGCUGGAUCCAAAAUGAUCCCCGGGGUGUGCGCCUGAUCCUUUAGAGAGGGAUCAAAUCUAUCCAGAAAAGUUGAACUCCACUGUCUUGGCUAGAUAAACCACCUAUUUACAGCAGGGGUUGAGAGACUUCAGGCUUUGGGGAAAUUGGUGCUUUUUGGUUUUUACAAUAGCCUGGCAGAAAACACAUGCACUCAGAAUUAAAGCAUCCCGAGUCCCAAAACUGAAUGGACCCCAUAGUCCUCCUACACACACGCACACACAAAAUCACUCCUGUUUACCUACCCACUCUGCUUUCUUAAUCCGAGCAGUAUUAGGAGAGGAGAUUCAUUUUGUUGCUCCUCUUGCUAAAAAGUUAGGAAUCUGAAACCCUACUUCAAACCAUCCAGAGAUUGGCAUCAUUCUGCCCAGUGGUUUGCCCUGCCCUGGAUGUUGACAUCCAUGUGAGAUGGGCAUCUUGCAUGACCCUGCAGCAUAAAUGCCACAGGGUCAGCCAGGAGCUCCAACACCACUUCCUGGUCUCUCAGGUAGGAACUGAACUAUUGAGAACCCACUCAGAGGCAAUACAAUAUAGGGUUGUUUUCAACCAAGUCCUAAUCAGAGCAGACCCAUGGAAGUUAAUGGGCCUAAGUCAGUCAUACCUUUCAGCUUCAAUGGGUCUACUCUGAGUAGGACUAGCAUUGAAUACCACAUAGGGUGCACAGUGUCAAAAGCCAAUGAAAGGUCCAAGAGAAAGAGCAGGCUAGCAUUCCAUUAAUUUCUCUUCCACCAGGGCCACAGCUUAGUGAUAGAGACCUUAAAGCAUGGAAUCAUAGCAUCUUCAUGUUGGAAGGGGCCCAAGGGUCAUCUAGCCUAACCCCUUGCAAUGCAGGAAUCUCAGCUAAAGCACCCAUGACAGAUGGCUAUCCAACCUUUGCUUAAAAAACCUCCAGGGAAGGAGACUCCACCACCUCCCAAGGGAGACUGUUCCACAGUUGAACAGCUCUUAAUGUCAAAAAGCUUUUCCUUAUGUCUAAUCAGAACCUGCAACUGCAACUUGAAACCAUUGAUUCAAGUCCAGCCUUUCAGAGCAGGAGAAAACAAGCUUGCUCCAUCCACCAUGUGACAGCCCUUCAGAUAUUUGAAGAUGCCUAUCAUAACUCCUCUCAGUCUUCUUUUUCCAGGCUAAACAUUUCCAGUUCUUUCAAGGGUUCCUCAUCAGGCUUGGCUUCUAGACCCUUGAUCACUCUACAGUGGUACCUCGGGAUGCAAAGCUCUACGCGGGGCUGCCCUUGAAGCUGUCCCAGAAACUCCAGCGGGUGCAGAAUGCUGCAGCGAGGCUCCUCACGGGGUCUCUGCUAUGGGAGCAUAUUCACCCAGUGCUUUUCCAGCUGCACUGGCUCCCGGAGGAGUACAGAGUCAGAUUUAAGGCACUGGUUUUGAACUUUAAAGCCCUUCACGGCCUAGGACCCUCGUACCCAUGGGACCGCCUCUCCCGGUAUGCCCCACGAAGAGCCUCAAGGUCCAUAAAUAGCAACGCCCUAGUGGAAGUUACAUUAGCUUCAGCCAGAGCCAGGGCCUUUUCAACUCUGGCUCCGGCCUGGUGGAACGCUCCGCCUCAUGAGACCAGGGCCCUGCAGGAUCUGAUUUCUUUCCGCAGGGCCUGUAAGACAGAGUUGUUCUGCCUGGCCUUUGGCUUGGAGCCAAUUUGAUUCCCUCCCUCUCUUUCUUUUUUCUUUUCCUUUCUCCUCCUGCGAUGAGGCUACAUUUUAAUAUUUUAAUGUUUCAAUAUUUUAAUGUUGUAUUUUAAUUUUGUUUUUAAGUUGUAUUCAUUCAACUUGUUUUUAUUAUUGCUUGUUAGCUCCCCUGAGCCAGGCCUUGGCUGGGGAGGGCGGGGUAUAAAUAAAAAUUAUUAUUAUUAUUAUUAUUAUUAUCCAUUCCGGAGCCCCGUUUGCAUCCUGAAUGGAAAGUAAGAUGCGACGGCGCAUCUGUGCGUGCACAGGUUGCGUUCCGCAGUUUCCAUGCAUGUGCGUCUUCCGUGAAUUUGAGCGUCUGUGCAUGUGCGAACGGCGAAACCCGGAAGUUAAAGCACUCCGUUACUUCCAGGUUGCCACGGAGCGCAACCCAAAAGCGUGCAACCUGAAACACAUUCAAUUCGAGGUAUGACUGUAGUUGGCCCUCCUCUGCACACAUUCCAGCUUAUCAACAUCCUUCUUAAAUUGUGGUGCCCAGAAGUGGGCACCAUAUUCCAGGUGUCUUGUGGAGUUCUUGACAUCACACAUCAAACUGAAGGGCUGAGAUCUCUGAAUUACCCUAAUGCGCCUCAUUAUUCAGCCCCCACAUAGAGCCUAUGUGCACCCCAAAAAAUAGUUCAGCAGUAUCUUCAAGACACAAAGUUUCCCUACCCAUGAGCUGCCCCAAAGUGUCAGAAGCUGGAGCCCAUCUACUGUCUUUCAAACCAGUUGAUAAUAAUAAUAAUAAUAAUAAUUUAUUAUUUAUACCCCGCCCAUCUGGCUGGGCUUCCCCGGCCACUCUGGGCGGCUUCCAAAAGAAUAUUAAAAUACUAUAAUACAUCAAACAUUAAAAGCUUCCCGAAACAGGGCUGCCUUCAGAUGUCUUCUAAAAGCCUGGUAGUUGUUGUUCUCUUUGACAUCUGGUGGGAGGGUGUUCCACAGGGAAGGCGCCACUACCGAGAAGGCCCUCUGCCUGGUUCCCUGUAACUUGGCUUCUCGCAGUGAGGGAACCGCCAGAAGGCCCUCAGUGCUGGACCUCAGUGUCCGGGUAGAACGAUGGGGGUGAAGACGCUCCUUCAGAUAUACUGGACCAAGGCCGUUUAGGGCUUUAAAGGUCAGCACCAACACUUUGAAUUGUGCUCGGAAACGUACUUUACUGCAUUGGUGGCAGAUGUUUCCUUCCUUUCUCAUAAGAAAAUUAGUAGACCCACCGACAUUUUGUGGCUGAAUGGAACAUUUCUGCACACUUGCAAGACUCUUCUUGCACCACAGAUCACACUCUGCCUGCAUGCCUGGCAUGUUACCUGACCAGACUUUAAAAUGAUGGCCAUAAAACUCCACCUUGACCCUUGCUGCAAGCUGCGCCAACUAAAGGGGUUAUCAUUAAAUCACCCAAUGCAUCCGGAGGUUGAUGGGUCCAUGUGUUCACACCAGCAGGUGAAAGGUGCAGUGUACUGAGCUUCAAAAUACAGCAAUCCUGAUUUUUCAGGCCAACCAGGGCAGUUGCAGCAAAGCCCUUUUCCUCUUCUUCUCAGGUUGUGUGGGACAUGGAAGCUGCCUUAUUUUCAGACUAUUAAAGCUCAGUACAAUCAUAUUUUGGUUUUGGAACAGGUUAGUUCCCAAACUGUUUGGCUCCCAAACACCACAAACCCAAAAGUGCCCUCCCCCACACUGCAGCGGAAGAGUUGGCCUCAGAAAUUGAGCAAGGAGCCGACUCUUCAGCUGAGAACUGUCUGAGUUUAGAGAAGACAGCCCAGGCUGCCUCCUUCCCAGGCAAGUCACUAUUAGCUCCCAAGGAGAGGAAGAGUUGGAAGUCGGCCAAAGCGUUGCCAGGCAACCAGCAGAUAAGCCAGUAUCAGAGGCUGAGUCUUCUGGGGAAGAGCUAGGCAAGACGUGCAGUCCUCGAAUGAGGAGAUUGGAGAAGUUCAAAGAGCAAUGGAAGGGAAGGAGAUGAAAGGCAGGAUUUUGGCGUUCUUUCUGUUGGCGGAGGACAAUGAGUCAGACUGAGCAACUAAGAUUAAUGAGAGCAGGCAGAACGCCAUGCUCUGGAUGUGUUUUUUUUUCUUUUAAAUAAACUUAAUUAAAACUUAAUUAAAGCCGCAUUUUGGUUUUCGAACAUUUUGGAAGUUGAACGGACUUCUGGAACGGAUUCUAUUUGACUUCCAUGGUACGACUGUAUUGCCAACAAUCCCCUUCAGAGGCUCUCAAGGGUUCCCAGUGGGGGUCUUUCCCACCCUUACCUGGACAUAUUAGGGAUUGGACUGAGGACCUUUUGCAUGCAAUGGAUGUGUUCUACCAUAGAGCUAUGUUCUUCCCCACAUGUCAGGAAAGAGAUCUGACGCGGCAACCAUGGGCACCCCAGGGAAGUUUGGCAAAGGGGCGGAAGUGUGUGGUGCAUACUCUGAGGUUCUGUGGUUGCCUUCACACCGAAUGGCAAAUCAUUAUAAAAUACUCCUAAUGGAGGAGAGCCCAAAACUUCCCAGCAAGAAACAUGCAUGCUCAAUGGCCAUGGUGGCUGGCUAAGUCAAUCACAGAAAUUGGGGGUGGCUGGUUGGGAAUGGGGGGUGGAAUCAGAGAGAUGGCCAAGACUGGCUGACUGGCUGGUACAGUGAACAAGUGCACUUCAUAGGGCAACAUGGUGCAGGCUGCACUAUAAUAUAUUUAUUUUCCAUUCUCUUGGCUUUACAUUCUGUACUGUGAAUGAAAUCGCAGCCCUCUAAUCUGUUUCAGCUGUUUAUAGAAAAGUAAGAUAUGAGCCUGCUGGAUCUGGCCCACGGCCCAUCUAGUCCAGCAUCCUGUUCUCACAGCAGCCAACCAGAUGCCUGGGGAAACAGGAAUCAAGCACAAGAGCACUCCCCGCUUCUUUGGCUUUUCAGCAACUGGUUAUUCAUGAGCUGUGAAUUAAUGAUUUUUUAAGGAGUUAUGUAGGAGUUUGUACUGAGCCCCAGGGGACGCGGAUGGCGCUGUGGUCUAAACCACUGAGCCUCUUGGGCUUGCCGAUCAGAAGGUCAGCGGUUCGAAUCCCAGCAACGGAGUGAGCUCCCGUUGCUCUGUCCCAGCUCCUGCCAACCUAGCAAUUCGAAAGCAUGCCAGUGCAAGUAGAUAAAUAGGUAUCGCUGUGGCGGGAAGGUAAACGGCAUUUCCGUGCGCUGCUCUGGUUUCCUCCACUGUGUUCCGUUGUGCCAAAAGUGGUUUAGUCAUGAGGGCCACAUGACCCGGAAAGCUGUCUAUGGACAAACGCUGGCUCCCUAGGCCCAUAGUUGCUUUUGACUGGACGUAACCUUCCAGGGGUCCUUUACCUUUACCUGUACUGAGCCCCACUUGAUGGAAACCACAGGAAGGGAGAGUGGAGUCUAGUGAUGUUCCAAUACUGUUCUGACACCUUCACCUUCCCUCAAGGUGAUCUAAGAGAUAAGAUGACAAGUCAUCUCCCUCAAUUAUCUAAGUAAUUUGUCUACCUCAGGCUGGACAAGUUGCAAUCUUUUCAUCAAAACAGGACCAGUUCUUGCUCUUUCUCAGUGUGGAGUCCAUGUUGAAAUGGAUUGGGGCAACUUUGCUGAUAACGAAUUGUGCAAGCUCAGCAUGGCAAACAGCCUUGAGUGCCCUCAUUUCAACACUCCUUUGUCUCUAAAUUCCUAUACCUGUAUAUAGAGGGGAUCUUCAAUUUGUAUCCAGAUCCACCGUCACUUUGUCUUGAAGCUGUUUCUCGCCAGAUGUCUUGAGAUCUCAGAGAAAACUUUGGCCAUGAAGUUCUUCCACAUUUUCUUUGCUAUGGUUGUUGUGCUCUUCCAAGUUUUCACAGGUAAGAGGGCAGCUCAGACUGGGGAGUUAAGGGGUGCUGAUUAAUUCUUUAAUGGAAGGGGGUUUGGCCAAAUAGAAGGCACUUUUUUGUUUAAUGCUAUGUCAGUGCUGCAAUGCACUGCAGGAAUUAAGAUUCUUUGGUCCUAAGCACACAUGAUUUGAAGUAGGUGCCACAGAAAUCAAUCUCAUUUAUUUCUGACUAAAUCGUAACCCAGCCUCCUUCAGGACAGUGUAACAUGCGGUUCUGCAGACAAAAUCAGCAAAAGUGUACUGAAGUGUGGGGGCAAAACUGUAGCAGUUUAGAACCACAGGGAUUCCCAUUGCCUGGUGUCCAAACUACUCACAGCUCUGAAUUCACACUCUGGAUGAAAACACUGAAAUUAUAUGUUUGUUUUCUGCAGGGGUGCACCUUAUCCCCUGUGAUGAGAUGGGGGGUUACUGCGUGAUAAAACCUGCUCCAUGCCCCGAGGGGCAAAUACGUGGUUAUUGUGGUCCAAAUCGCAAAUGCUGCAAGGCUUGAUGUUGCUGCUGAAGAGCUCGGAUCUGCGAGGACAAACGUUCACCCCUGAUUUCCUGAUGAAAACUAAGACAGAUCUUCACAUGGAGAAGCGAGUCAAGGCUGCACUUGUACUAGACGUCUCAGUGAUCUCAGUGAGCCAAACUCAUCAGCUCAUCAAUUAAACAUUCAAAAUGUGGGUUUGACAAUGUGUUUUUAAUGUGUUCACCAACAACUUAGCUAUAACAUGAAGUAGGGGUGCGCAGAAGCAGUCCCUCUGGUUGCGGAAACCUCGGGAUCCAACCAGAGCUCCAGAAUGGAUCCCGUUCACAACCAGAGGUACCACUGUAGUUUGAAAGCAUGCCAGUGGAAGUAGAUAAAUAGGUACUGCCAUGGUGGGAAGGUAAACAGUGUUUCAGUGCGCCCUGGCACUUGUCAUCGUGCUCCAUGCACCACUAGCUGCUUAGUCUUGCUGCCCACAUGACCCAGAAAGCUGUCUGUGGACAAACAUCGGCUCCCUCAGCCUAUAAAGAGAGAUGAGCACCACAACCCCAUAGUCGCCUUUGACUGGACUUAACCAUCCAGGGGUCCUUUACCUUACCUUUUUUUUUACCAAAAUGCAUAUGCAUAGGAGCUUAUCUCCUAUAGAGGGGGUGUUAUUGGGUUACUGCUUUUGGUUUGAUUUGAUAUGUUGUGGUCUUGUUGUGAACCGCCCUGAGACCUCCGGGUAUAGUUGAAUAAACAACAACAACAAAUAAUAAUAAUCUAGAGUAGAAUAAGCCUGGCGAAUUGUAGGCAGAUAUAUCAAAAGUUUUUCACGCAGGAUUGGACCCCAACCAGCAUGGCUGAUGCCAAGGUAUGAUUUGUUCACUGCCAAAAACCUACAACCUGGAUUUACCAAGGUGGCAUCUUCAUAAACCAGUAUCUCAAGCAAAGGAGUGUUCAGACCAUGUUCAACUCAGUGAAUGCAAGUUUUUAAAAAGUGUAGGUUUCAAAUCCGGUUCGUAACGCAUCAGCUCAAAAACAUGGCGAUUCAGUUUUGAGGAUAUGGUGGUAUGUUCUUGAUAGUUUUCCUGUGACCUAAGCCAGUUAUAGACACAUUUUUUACAUUGGCUCAGGGUGAGUUUUGGCUGAGACAUUGCAGACAAAGGCGGUCCUGUGUCUGCCAGGUGUACGCACUGAACCUUUUUGUUUGUACAGUAGCGGCACAAUGCAUUUUGAUCUUUUGUUUUCUCCUUGUCUGUCUUGAUCAAAGGCAAACAGGUCGCCUUAUCUGGGCUCUGACCCCAGAUCCAUCAGGGUGUGACACUUGGAACUUCCAUAACCACAUGCUUAUUCCUCAGUCCCUGCCCCUUAACUUCUGCAUCUGUGACCCCCCUCCCAAAAAAAGCUUAACAAUGAACAGAUACCUACCAGUCUGUUUGGUUAGUGUUAAGUCCAACACUGAGAUCAGAGAUCCUAAGUUGUGGAUUGAUUACUCUGAGUACCAGGUAAGAAGACCCUGUUAGAUCAGAACAAUGCCCAUCCUGUCUAGAAUCCUGCUUUCCCAGUGGCCAACCAGGUGCCAAUAUGAAAACUGUAUGCAGGAUUUGAGCAUAAGAGCACUCUCCUCUGCUGUAAUAUCCAGCAACUGGAAACCAGACGCUUGACUGCAUCUGACCACAGAGAAAGAGCCUAGCCAUCGUGGCUGGUUUUUUUUUAAUAAAAAAAAUCAAUGUAUAAAACAGGGACCAAUUUUCUGGGUCUAGGAAAGCCUGAGCAGAACAAUAAGGUAAUAAACAAUAAGGUAAUAAAUUGGAUAGUUCUCAUCCCCACUUCAUCUUCACAACAACCCCGUGAGGUAGGCUAGGCUGAGAGUGACUGACUGACCUGAGGUCACCCAGUGAGUUUCAUGGCCGAGUGAGGAUUUGAACCCUGCUGUUGCAGAAUCUAGUUGAACACUCUAGUCCCCAUUUUGUUUGUCAGGACAUAUACUAGUGUGGUUUGUUUGUUUAGAUAUACAGUGGUACCUCUGGUUACGUAUUUAAUUCGUUCCGGAGGUCCGUUCUUAACCUGAAACUGUUCUUAACCUGAAGCACUACUUUAGCUAAUGGGGCCUCCUGCUGCUGCCAUGCGAUUUCUGUUCUCCUCCUGAAGCAAAGUUCUUAACCCGAGGUACUGUUUCUGGUUUAGCAGAGUCUGUAACCUUAAGUUACAGUAUGUAACCUGAAGCGUAUGUAACCCAAGGUACCACUGUACAGGUACAGUGUACUGUACAGUGGUACCUCUGGUUACAAACUUAAUCUGUUCCGGAGGUCCAUUCUUAACCUGAAACCAUUCUUAACCUGAGGUACCACUUUAGCUAAUGGGGUCUCCCGCUGCCAUCACACCGCUGCCGCACGAUUUCUGUUCUCAUCCUGAAGCAAAGUCCCAAAACAUCUGGAGAGCUGAGUUUGCCUAUGCCUGUUCUAGAUACUAAACUAAAACAUCCCAAACACUGCAACUUUUCUUCAUAGGGACAUUGUUCCAUUCCCUUGAUCUGGAGGGUGCCAGGGUGGAAAAGGCUGUCCUUAAAAUUUAAAUAAAUGGGAGAUCUCAAUGGAGACACUUUCUUAGCGAUACCAAUAAGCUUCCUUCAGCCAAACAUCCACUGAACUUGAAAAUUUCUGCAGACAAAGAAGUUUCUCCUCUAUCACAGAACCACCACCUCUUCCCAAGGGGACUUCAGGCACCCUCUCACCUCUCUGUCUUUUCUUCUGCAGGCUGAACAUACCCAACUCAACCAUUCCUCGUACCUUAGAUCUUGAACUUAAUCUGUUUCAGGAGCCCAUUCGACUCCAGGAACCGUUCGAAAACCAAGGUGCGGCCUCUGAUUAGCUGCAGGACCUUCCUACAUGCAAUUGGAAGCCGCGGAAGCAAUGUCGGAAGUUCGGCUUCCGAAAAAGAUUUGCAAACCGGAACACCUGCUUUUGGGUUUGCAGCAUUCGGGAGCCGAUUUGUUCGGCUACUAGGCCAUUCGAGAUACAGUGGUACCCCUGGUUACGUACUUAAUUUGUUCUGGAGAUCCGUUCUUAACCUGAAACCAUUCUUACCCUGAGGUACCACUUUAGCUAAUGGGGCUUUCCGCUGCUGCUGCGCUGCUGGCGCACGAUUUCUGUUCUCAUCCAGAGGCAAAGUUCUUAACCCAAGGUACUACUUCCGGGUCAGCUGAGUCUGUAACCUGAAGUGUUUGUAACGCGAGGUGUUUGUAAGCUGAGGUGCCACUGUAUUGUGGUCCUGCCAUGGGGUGGAGAAUUUCAAUUCAAAAUUUAUAAGGAAACUUCUCUAAUUCAUACUUUCUAAAACUACAAAGGAAGCAAAACACAGCCGUCCUUUGAAAUUUGCACUUCUCUGAAUUUUCAAUGCAAUUUCCCCAGCCAAGUAAUGUGUGCCAAAUGUGAAACAAACCAAAUAUCUUUCCCAGCUCUACUUCUGAGUCAAGCUACACUACAUAGCACUAUCCAUGCUUGCUUUGAUUUGCACCCAUCUGAACAGAUUUUUUUGUGGGUUAUCAUCAUUAUUUUUUGCCUUAGUUCUUCCAGAUAUAGAUCAUUACUAAUUUACUGCCAAACUGACUCAGGUCCUUUCUGAUUGUCUCAUGACACAAUAUAAAUGCCUGGCUACACAAUUUGCAUGUGCACCACAGCAAAUUGUCUCCACAUCCUUAUAAAUAGAGGGAAACAUCCUGAUCUUAUCCAGAUUUUGAUCCGGGUCGGCUGUGGAGAGGCUUCCUUCCAGCAACCUUGAGUGUUCAGAGAAAACUUCAGCCAUGGGACUUCCUUACCUGCUCUUUGCUUUGGUUGCUCUCCUCUUUCACACAUCUGCUGGUAAGAGGAAAGCUCAGGUGGAGGGAUAGGGAGGGAGGCAAGUCCAAAUGGAGGGAUCUGAAUUUCUCAUCUCUCAACAGCAGCCUGGGGAUGUAUAGGCAAGUCCUGGAAGACCUUGAAUCUCAAUAAUUUGGAUGGCUGGUAUUUGAGGGUUUGGCAAAGUGCCCGUCUUAAAAAUAUAUCUCAUAAAUCAAAAAUAUUGAAAGGGCAGAGCUCGAAUGACCUUUUGAUUGAUUGAUUGAUUGAUUGAUUAGAUUUAUAUGCCACCCUUCAUCCAAAGAUCUCAGGGUAGUUCAUGAUAUAUGGCAUGAUUUCAUUUCUUACACAAAUUUUGGGGCAAAUGGUUGCUCAGUGCUACCAGUAUAUGAAAACGUCUGGCUCAUUUAAGCCUUCAUUCUCAACAGCUGUGGGGCACACAGGUGGGGAAUAAUAAUAAUAUUCAGUGCUUUUUUCCCUAAAAAAAGACGCUCUCCUGAAGGAGCGUCUCCACCCUCAUCGUUCUGCCCGAACACUGAGGUCCAGCGCCGAGGGCCUUCUGGCGGUUCCCUCAUUGCGAGAAGCAAAGCUACAGGGAACCAGGCAGAAGGCCUUCUCAGUGGUGGCACCCACCCUGUGGAACACCCUCCCAUCAGAUGUCAAAGCGAUAAACAACUACCUGACAUUCAGAAGACAUCUUAAGGCAGCCCUGUUCAGGGACGUUUUUAAUGUGUGACAUUUUAGUGUAUUUUUGGUCUCUGUGGAAGCCGCCCAGAGUGGCUGGGCAAACCCAGCCAGAUGGGCGGGGUACAAAUAAUAAAUUACUAAUAAAUUACUAAUUACUAUAAAUUACUAUUACUAUCACUAUUACUAAAGAAAUGUUUAGGGGUACUCUCAUUUUGACUCAAGAAAAUCACCUUUUUGUAGCUCAAAUUGGGAAAAAUAAAUGCAGUAAAUGGACGGAAGUACAAAGAUUCACAAAAUGUUUAGGGGUAUGUGUACCCCUGCAUCGCCCCAGAAAAAAACCACUGAUAAUAUUUAUUAUUUGUAAAGGGAAUCUUUGCAUGAUGUAAUACUUCACUAUUCCUUUUGAUUUGCACCGCAUCAUUCUAAUCCUUCCAGGCUGUGACUCCUUAUGGUUUAGAUUGUUGAUCCUUUGUUGUUAUCUUUCUUUUCUUUUCUAUGCUUGCACUUUUGUUUAACUAACCAAGGAAAUUAAAAGUAACAAUUGCCAAAAAGUAAUUGGAGACAAAAAGCACCUGCUUUUUCAGGCAGAAAGUCCCAGGUUUGAUCCCUAGCAUCUCCUAAUAGGGUUAGGGAAAAACUCCAUUUGAAACCCUGGGAAUUGCUGCCAUUCACUGUAGACAAUAUUGUUAGGCGGACCAGUGGUCUCACUCAGUAUUAGCCAGCUUGCCAUGUUUCCUAUGUUCCUGAAGCUGUGGUCCAAGGCACUAGCUAGGGUCAGCCCAAAGCAUCUUGCUUCCUGAGGCAAAGUGCAAGGUGAUGCCUGUUGCCCCCUGUCCUCUGUGGAACCACAGCUGCUUAGUCUACUAUUGCAGGAAGCUUCAUCAUUACGAAAAACACACAACCCCCCCCCCCUUAGCUGGCCAUUAUUCUAGGUACUCUGAACAACAAGCAACACGUCGGCUAAUAAUACAAUGGUACCUCAUGUUGUGUAACCUCCAGGUUACAGAAUCUUCAGGUUACGGCCGCGGCAAACCCCGAAGUGUAUACUUCCAGGUUUCGCUGUACUCACAUGUGCAGAAGCGCUCUGUACAUCUUGUGCAUGCACAGAAGGACGCCUCCGGUUAUGAAGUUUUCAGGAUACGGCCGGGCCUCCGGAAUGGAUCCCGUUUGUAACCGGAGAUACCAUUGUAUACUGAAUUUAUUUUUAUAACACUAUACUGUUUCUAUACUGAGAGCCAGUGUGGUGUAGUGGUUAAGAGCAGUAGACUCGUAAUCUGGGGAACCGGGUUCGCGUCUCCACUCCUCCACAUGCAGCUGCUGGGUGACCUUGGGCUAGUCACACUUCUCUGAAGUCUCUCAGCCUCACUCACCUCACAGAGUGUUUGUUGUGGGGGAGGAAUGGAAAGGAGAAUGUUAGCCGCUUUGAGACUCCUUCGGGUAGGUACUGAGACUCCGCCAGGUACUCCUGUCUUCCACUGCCUCCCGCAGUUUGGUCAAACUCAUGUUAGUAGCUUCAAGAACACUGUCCAACCAUCUUGUCCUCUGUCAUCCCCUUCUCCUUCUGCCCUCAAUCUUUCCCAACAUCAGGGUCUAUUCCAGGGAGCCUUCUCUUCUCAGGAGGUGGCCAAAGUAUUGGAGCCUCAGCUUCAGGAUCUGUCCUUCCAGAUUUGAAACAGUAUAGUGUUAUAGAAAAAUAUUGUCAGUAUUAUUAGCUGACGUGUUGCUUACUGUUGUUCAGAGUGUUCUGUUUUGCAACAGAGGAGACUUUCUUUGGUGCAUUAUUCUAGUUAGGCAUGAUGCUGGAACGGGGAGGGGGCACAUUUUUGGUUCUGUGGGCCAGAUUCUGUUGGGUUUUGGCCUCGCGGGCCAAAUUUGGCAGGUGUGUCGAGCUGAAGUCAAGACUUCAUAGAGAUAGGAGGGACCCAGAGGUUCAUCUAGUCCAAGCCCUCUGCAAUGCAGGAAUAUGCAGCUGUCCCUUACGGGGAUCGAACCACCAGCCUUGGCGUUAUCAGCACCAUGCUGUAGCCAACUGAGCUAUCCAGCUGUUGCUUGCAGGUAGCAAGGCUUCCCCACAACAGAAAGCAGGCUUGCUUCUUCAGCCCAUCAGCUGAUGGGUGGGAGAGCUUAAUAUGGUCCUCUAAUAGGAUAUACAGUGGUACCUCGGGUUACAUAUGCUUCAGGUUACAUAUGCUUCAGGUUACACACUCCGCUAACCCAGAAAUAGUGCUUCAGGUUAAGAACUUUGCUUCAGGAUAAGAACAGAAAUCGUGCUCCGGCGGCAUGGUGGCAGCAGGAGGCCCCAUUAGCUAAAAUGGUGCUUCAGGUUAAGAACAGUUUCAGGUUAAGAACGGACCUCCGGAACGAAUUAAGUACUUAACCUGAGGUAUUACUGUAAAUGGGCACUCACCUUCCUGCAAGGGGGGGGGGAGAGCAAUUUCCAUUGAAGCCAUUGGUAUGAUGGAGACACCCCCCCCCCCCGAAUUUCAACAGUGGUUUCAAUGGAAACUGAAAGACUCUCCCACAUUGCCCAUCAUUUGAUGGCCAGCAAGGACAAUUGAGAUCCCUGCUAUAAAAUGGAGAGGGAAAUUUCAUUUUAAUGCAAACCCCCUCCUGCUCAGGAAAGGCUUUGCACUAAAAGCGCAAGUAGGAUGGAACUUCCCCCUGCAGCUCAGAGCUGUGGAUACAAGCCCCAUGUCGGGCAAAAGGUUCCUUCGAAAGGUUGACCCUCGUGGUUCCUUCCAGCUCUGCGAUUCUUUGAUUCUAUUCUCCAGGGAUCCUUCUUUCUCCAGGGAUGGCCAACUGCGACGUCAUGUGUGGGGAAGGUGGGCGUGGUGUUGCAAAAAUGGCCCCAUGAGCCAAAUGGGAGACCUGGCAGACCAGAUUUGGCCAGGGCGGGGGAGUUGGCUCCUACCUUUUAGGGUGUGUGUGUGGUGGUGGUGGUGGUGGGGUAAGGGCUAGGCCAAUUUGUCUUCCAACUAAUGGAAGUCUUAUUUGUCCCCCCCUUUUUGUACAGUGCUGCCUGAGAAGUGUGAAGACCGGAGGGGCUACUGCCAACCUUCAUCAGACAAAGACUGUGAUGAUGACGAUGCCCUUCCAUUACCAUGCUCUCAUGCUAAUGAGACAUGCUGCAGAUGUAAGUCAUGUGCAGUUCUGCAAAGAUGGGUGCUUGGUUGUUAUUCCAUAUAGAUAGAUGAUAGAUAGAUAGAUAGAUAGAUAGAUAGAUAGAUAGAAUAACAACAAUAUAUAUAAUUUUCUGUUUUGCAAUUUAAAGUACUCAUUUUUACAUCCUUAAGAUAUCAAUAACUUCCCUUCUUCUCGUUCCAUGGUUCAUUUUACAUAAUCCCUGCAUAUUUUACAGAAACUAAACCAUUCAGCAUUCCAUUAUUACAUCCAUCAAAACCUAUAUACACUGUUGAAUUUAUCUUAAUGCUGCCAGCGUUUUCAGCUGUACACAGUUAUUUUCUAUAUAUAGUUGUAAAUAAUAAUAAUAAUAAUAAUAAUAAUAAUAAUAAUAAUAAUAAUUUAUUAUUUAUACCCCGCCCAUCUGGCUGAGUUUCCCCAGCCACUCUGGGCUGCUCCCAAUUGAGUGUUAAAAACAAUACAGCAUUAAAUGUUAAAAACUUCCCAAAACAGGACUGCCUUCAGAUGUCUUUUAAAAAUAGGAUAGUUGUUAAUUUCUUUGACAUCUGAUGGGAGGGCGUUCCACAGGGUGGGCACCACUACCGAAAAGGCCCUCUGUCUGGUUCCCUGUAACCUCACUUCUCGCAAUGAGGAAACCGCCAGAAGGCCCUCGGAGCUGGACCUCAGUGUCCAGGCUGAACAAUGGGGGUGGAGACGCUCCUUCAGGUAUACUGGGCUGUUUAGGGCUUUAAAGGUCAGCACCAACACUUUGAAUUGUGCUCGGAAAACAUACUAGGAGCCAAUGGUACCUCGGUUUAUGAACUUAAUCCAUUCCGGAAGUCCGUUCUUAAACCAAAACCAUUCUUAAACUGAGGUGCACUUUCCCUAUAAUGAGGCCUCCCACCACCAGUGCCCUUCCACCGUUUGGCUUCCAUUCGUAGUACUCGGUCUAUGAAUGGAAGCCGAACUACAUAUUCGUAAACGAGGUACCACUGUACUCAACAAACACUUUCCAAUCUUCUUUAAACAUAAGUUCUUCUUGUUCUCUUAUUCUAUAUGUUACGUAUGCAAGUUGUGCAUAUUCAUCUUAGCAACCCUUUGAUGUUCUUGUUAUUCCUAAGUGCCUGACUAAACAAGUUGUUGCUGUUGUUGCUGUUGCUGCAGGCAACUCUUCACUUACAAGGAGGUUACAUUCUGCCCCUGCGUGCAUAAGUGAAAAUCCGUAAAGUGAGGAAGACCCUCUAAACACUCUUUAUGCAUCCCUAUACCACUCUCUCCCCAAUCCAUACCAUAAAUAUUGUAUCCAAAAAUAUCCCCAACUAGGAUUAAAGCUCUGGGAGCCUCACUGACAUCCCUUUCGGGCUCCUCAUGAGCUACAAGCGCUCUCUGGCUCUCUCUGGCCAUUUCUGGGUUUGAAUUUCAUUCCUGAAUUGAAACACACCUAGGUUCUUCAUGGUAGUCACGCCUGCCCUGUGGAACACCCUCCUGUCAGAUGUCAAGGAAAUAGACAACUGACUUAUGGACAACAUCUGGAGGCAGCCCUGUAUAGGGAAGUUUUCAAUGUUUGAUAUUUAAAUUUGCUGUAAGCCACCCAGAGUAGCUGGGGCAAACCCAGUCAGAUGGGUGGCAUAUCAAUAAAAUAUUAUUAUUAUUAUUAUUAUUAUUAUUAUUAUUAUUAUUAAUUUCCCGGUGCUAUGUGUAUACACGGUCACACACAAGUUGAACGCAUGUGAGUGGGGAAUUGUCUGCAUUAUUAAUCCUGUCCUCACUGCAAGUGAUCAGGAGUCUCAGACGAGGGAAUAUCCAGGCUGUAUAUGGAGCCCAGCAUGCAUUGUCAAGCUAUAUUCAGAAUCCUAGAGUCGGGAGACACCUCAGAGCUCAUCUAUUCCACCCCCUGAAGCUCUUUACAGAAUGAGUGCAUCCUGGCUAUAGGACAAUUGUCUUCAGUCCAAAGUGAGUCAUGGGCAGGCUUAGUGUCUACCUGAAUGCAAUUGGUGUCCUCCUUAUUCACUCUUUGGAAAUAAUAAUAAUAAUAAUAAUAAUAAUAAUAAUAAUGCUAUUUGUUUCUUUUCUGCAGUACCACCACUGUUAAAAUGUGAAGAGCUGGGGGGCAUAUGCAUGAAUCCACCUGAUGACACCUGCCUUUCUGUUAUAUCAGCAAAAUGUGACGGGGAUGACAUGAAAUGUUGCAAAAAAGAUUGA